AUGUCCGCGCCGUCUUCGGUGGCGCCGCUUGGAAACUCUCGUUCAGCUCGCGCUGCAAGCCAGCAGAGCCACACUGGCGCCGAACUCUCAACUGCUGCAUCUUCGCCUUCAUGGUCAACGCUGCAAGUACGUCAAGGCCAAGCAGAUCAACUAGCACGCUCCCAAGAAACCCCAUCCCCUUCUUCGUCUAAGCCAGUAUCGCCUCCAACUUGGACAGCUCCCUCUUCUUCUGAGGCUACUUCUUCGUCUCCACUUGGUUGCAACAAUAGAGAGGCUCUUUCCACUUGCUCGCCGCUUCGUCAACGCACUGUCAAGGGCAAAAUCCCUGCGCUCAACGGCGCAAAGGCGGACGACGAUGACGAUCUGCACCUGCUUGGACCGCCCUCUUUCGCCGAGUCCCAGUUUGCUACUAUCAUUCGUCGACAGAGAAAAAGAAGAGUCGUCUCGCCCACCAGCAAUUUCCAACUGGACGGUAUCGCUUCUGUUCUCGACCUCGAGGCAUCCACUACUCCAGAUGCAACAACCUCCAAGCAGAAUGCCACUAGUGAUUCUUUCAAAGCGAAUGAGGCUUUCGUAGCCGAAUCUGGCUGGAGCCAUGCGCUCCGCCGAGGGGAGCUCAAAGCCACUGCAUCUCUGUAUCCAGACGCGCCUAAAACCACACUUACCUCGGACCGCCAAGAUCCGCUCAUGACCAUCCAUCGAGGGUGGGAAUUCGCUGGCUGGGGCUCGAUAUCGCUUCUCGAGCUUCCUCCAUCCGCCUUGGAGCCAGCCACAGCGAGUACCGCCGCUGCGGCCGCACCACCACGUCUUCAACUAGGCCAGUGGAAGGCUUCGGCGAUCGCCGGAAAUGCCGUCACUGGCUCAGUCUUCUACGCACUGCCAGCUGUGGUGGCGGUGUCGUCGGUCCUAUCGCCGAUUUCGAUCCUGAUUGCCUGUCUUCUGCUGUAUCCCUUUCGUCCUAUCAUCUGUGAGCUCGCCUCGGCUCUUUCGGCAAGCAACGCGGGCAAUUACUCGUACUUGACCAACAUCUCAACCAAACUGGUAGCUGUGCUCGCUGCGGCCAUCACCCUUCUCGAUGCUGUGGCGACUGGCGCGGUUAGCGCUGGUACAGCAAGUGCCUACAUCCAAGGCGAGACGCUCACCGGUCACGCUCAUGUCGAUGGUCGCGUCAUCUCGAUCCUUCUUCUUGUCGGCCUCGCUGCGCUAUGCUUGCUCGGCAUGCGUGACUCGAGCAGCGUGGCUCUCGGCAUGUUUUUGCUGCACGUUGUCACCAUGUCCAUGCUGAUCAUUGCUGGAAUCGUAGCCUGGAUCCGCUCGGGCAAUUCGCUUCUGCAUGAGAACUGGGCGAUUGGUAUGGCUGCGCUUCGUGCGCCAUCCACUGGCAAAGGAGUGGCACGCGCCGUGUUCGACGGCGUCUGCGUCGCGUUUGUGGGACUGACGGGGUUCGAGUGCAGUCCAUCCUACAUCAACCAGGUCAAGCCGGGCGAGUUUCCCAAGGCGCUGCGAAAUUUGCACAUCAUCGUCUUGCUUACCGAAGCGCCGCUCAUGCUGCUUGUGCUUGCGCUUGUUCCCAUGGAUUCCAUUCUCAGUGGCGCCAAUGUGCUCGCAUUGCUCGGACAGGUGGCUGGAAGAGGUGCUUGGCUCAAGAUCUUUGUCGUGAUCGACGCCUGCUUGGUUCUCUGCGGAGGUAUCAUCACUGGCAUUGUUGCAUUUUGCGGUCUGAUCGAUACGUUGUGCGACGACAGGGUCGUGCCUCGGGUGCUGCAACGCAGGCUGCCCAAGACGGCCGCCACGUACCCAUCGAUUGCGCUGUUUCUUAUGCUUACCGUGGUGAUGAGCGCCACUUGCAACUUUAGUUUGACGACGCUAUCUUCGGUGUUUAGCGUCUCUUUUCUGUGCGUUAUGACGCUGUUUGGAGUUUCGCUCGUUUUGCUCAAGUAUGCUAGACCUUUGUUGCCACGGUCGCCUAUCGCCAGCCUGACAACUGUGCUGCUAGGGAUCGGCAUUGGCAUUACGGCCAUGGCGGGUAAUUUCGCGCUCUCGCCUGUCAUCAUUGUACAGACAUUGGUCUACUUUGUGGCCAUGGCGGUGAUGCUCAUUGCGCUAGCUCGGAGGGUGGAUUUGGCCCGAGUCGCACUCUGGCUCGUCGAGCAUCAGCGUUUUUCGUCGUUUGGGCUCGUUUCGUCCAAACUCGAAAAACAGCUCAUCGGCUGGAUCCGGAGCGAACGCAGCCAUCCAGUCAUUUACUUUACCAAAUCGGACGACAUUUCGGUGCUUGCUAACGCAUUGUACUACAUCGAGCAGAACGAGCCGACGUCCAAGUGUAAGCUGGUACACUGCUACAAGUCUAUCGAUGCCAUCCCAGAGCAGCUCGACGAGACUUUUCAACUGGUUGAUGAAAUCUUUCCUACCGUCACGGUGGAUCUGGUGUUCGUGGAAGCGCCUUUUACGCCGCAGGUGGUUGGUGCCAUUACUGAUCGGCUGGGCGUUCCGAUUUCACGAUCUUUCAUCUCGUGCCCAAGCGGCCGUGGCGCGCUGGUCGGGUCACAAUAUCCACUGUGUGACUAUGGCGGGCUACGCAUCAUUCUGCCUGGAUAG